CCUCACCCCCCACAGUCUGCAGUUUCGUAUUGCUCACGUCGACUGGGUCGUUUUAUCUCGGUUUUUCAAGUGCAAAGCGUAUUUGCUAUUGUCUUUGUUCUCUAGAAAUUUUGUCUCACUUUUAAAUAUGUAAAAAAAACUUUCAUAAAUAAUUUUCAAUUGUGAGGUGCCGAAAUCUUUUCUGUGACUAAAAAGGCAAAGCGUUCGGUAGCUGUAUCAAAAUGGCUGCGGCGCAAAUGCAGAAUUUGCGAUUGGAUAAGAUCUGCAGAGCUUGCCUGCAGAUCAAAAAAGAUAUGAGACCUCUCUUCGAACAACUUACUGCAACCAUGUUGAUGGGCAUUUCCAAAGUUCAGGUGGCUGUAGGGGAUGGGCUGCCGUCUCAGCUGUGUCUGCAGUGCGUGCACCAGAUCUCCCGCUGCCACUCCUUCAAGGAGCUGGUUGAAAGGAAUGACAUCAAGCUGCGGGAGUAUUGCACCUCGCUCGCUAUGAAGAAUGAGGCUGUCAUGUCUAUGAAAAAAGACGAGAUGGAGAUGUGUCAAGACGCCCCGUUCAUGUUCAUCGAGAUGCCCCACAUGCAGGCGCUGCCGAGCGGGCUGGCCCCGCUGGACGGGCUCUUCACCGAUGACACUGUCACCAGCGGCAGCGUGGAGGAGAAGGUGGAGAUUGAGUAUGUUCCUGUCGCUGAGAAGCAGCAAGAGUCCCCCACCAACCAACUGGACAAGCCCGACGAAGCGCUCAACUCAGAUGAAGAGAACUACCUUCAACUGGUGGUCUUCCAAGCGUCAGCCACCGUCGCGCCGGGCCGCCACGUCUGCAACCUCUGUCACAAGGAGUUCAAACAUGCACGCUGGCUGAAGCAGCACAUGAGAAGCCAUAGCAACUGGAUAAAAGCGAAUUGCAAGAAGCCCCCGAUGUGUCCGCUGUGUGAUAGGACUUUUAAGGGUCCAGGUAUGCUGAAAAUGCACAUGCGAACGCACGAGCCUCGACCUCCAAAACAACCGACGUGCUCCGUCUGUCAACGAACCUUCUCAACGAAAACUCUCCUCUACCGCCAUAGACAAACGCACUUCGAGCAGAAAACGCAUCAGUGCACUGUUUGCGAGAAAAGAUUCUACAGCGGCUACGCGCUGCGCUCUCACAUGGCCAGACAUAGAGGGGAGAGGCCGUAUGUGUGCAAUAUGUGCUCGCAAAGAUUCUACAAUCCUACUGAUUUGAAAGUACAUUUCCGCCUACACACCGGUGAGAAGCCUCUCAAAUGCCUCGAGUGCGGCAAGACGUUCCGCCGCCACUCCACGCUCUGCCAGCACAUGAAGAAGCACAGAGGCAUCCGCAACCACGUGUGCAAUGUUUGCAACAAAGCAUUCUACGAGGUGUCCAAGCUGAACGCGCAUAUGAGGGUGCAUACUGGUGAAAAGCCGUUCGAGUGCCAAUACUGCUCGCGCAAGUUCGCGCAGCAGUCGGCGCUGAUCUACCACCGGCGCACGCACACCGGCGAGAAGCCGUACUGCUGCAAGCUGUGCGCCGCGCGGUUCACCACCUCGUCCGCGCGCAACAACCACCUGCUCACGCACACCGGACAUAAGAAAUUCAUAUGCCCGAUCUGCUGUAAAGGCUGCACGUCUCGCACUGAGCUCCGAGUCCACAGUAGCAAACACACUGGAGAGAAGCUAUUCGCGUGUGAAUACUGCGAGCAAAGAUUUAGCUCGGCGUCGUACCUGGCUGUUCAUAGACGAUAUCAUACUGGGGAGAAGAAGCAUACUUGCAAUAUAUGCGGGAAAUCGUACGUAGAAUCGCGGUCGUACAAGAAGCACAUGAAGAGCCAUCAGCUGAAGAACGAGGAGUCUGAGGCGAGUUCGGAGCAAGCUCAGGAAAAGGACAUGGAGUGUGCGACAGAGGAGCAGCCCAUCCAGUCGGAAACACUACAGGUACGCGAAUUAUUAGCUUUGUUGCUGAGUCAUGAGUAUCUGAAUAGCCACAGAAAUCUACGACAGUGA